AUGGCGAACAGUGUCCUGAUCGAGAUUGAUUGCCGGGAUGCCACUUGUUUGUCCAUGACGAGGCCAUUGGACUCAGUUGGCCGGAUUAGACUGGUCUCCACCGGUGAGGCCAGAGGUUGCCCAGAGAAGAAGUUGACCCUCCCAACCCAAACCGAAGCCGGAGAAGUGAUCCAUAGAGCUCAAGAGAAAAGAAACCUGCUCGGUGGAGGUGGGAUUCAGGUGCCAGCUCGGCUCAUUUGGCAAAAGGAAAGAAGUCUUGUGGUCAUUCGCGAUUCUAGGUGGGCGGCAGGCACAGAGAGAUUGGCCGCAAACGGCAAGGGGAAGCCCGACGAGAGCCAGACGGGAGACACUGGCAAAGACAGGCCCAUUAUGUGGCUUGCUGACACUCGGAACUAUCACUUUGACCGGCUCUCGGGGUCUGUCAAGUCCCUUGAAGCCAUCGAAGGACGUGUUGUCCGCUUUCGGAAAGAUGAUUGA